AUGCAAGCGGUAUUUGCAAACGGGUCAAACGGUUCGGGACAGCUGGGAAUUGGUCAUUCAGAGGAUGUUUCCACUCCCAAGCCAAUUCUCUUCCAUCCAGAGCCUCCAGCUUCUGAAGUAGUCAAGAUAGCAGCUGGUGGCAACCAUACUCUUAUUUUGACCGCAUCCGGAGAGUUAUAUGGGAGCGGUAGCUGGUCAACUGGCGCUUGUGGCAUUCCUCAAGAUUCGGUGGACGUACCAGCGUUUCAUCCCAUCCAUCUCGUCCGUGAGGGAAGCAGCCUCGAAAUCGGCCGAAUCGUUCUAAUCGCAGCGACGUGGACUGCUUCAUUCAUCGUUUCGAAGGACUCUACAGGGAAACGGACCAGAGUGUUCAGUUUCGGAACAGGCUUAAAAGGGGAGCUUGGCUCUGGCGAACUGAUUAUCCGCUCAUCGGCGGUUAAUUUGCUUCCAAACUUUCCGCCAAAAGGUACGGAAAUAGUCGACCUAUCGGCUUGUAUGGGACAUGUUAUUGCUGUCCUUGACAACGGCAUUGCCUACGGCUGGGGAAAUUGUCGCAAAUCUCAAGCUGGAGAGCCUCCUGGCAUUAUACAUGAACCUCGAAAGAUAGAUGACGUUGGUUUCAAGGUACACCGCGCAGUUUGCACAAAGGAAGCAACAUGUCUUCUCGGCACACCUGAAAGUGGACAUAUACAUGUAUUGGGAUCUGAUAAAUGGGGAAUCAUGUCCAGCUCUCCAAAGAAGCUGUUACCUUGGAAAGAUGUAGGGGCGGGCUGGGGAGCCGUUUAUGUAUUGGGGCAAGAUGGGACCUUACAUGGUUGGGGUAGGAAUGAUCAUGGCCAACUUCCUCCGGCGAGUCUCCCUCCAGUUAAGCAAAUCGCGAUUGGCAGCGAACACGCUGUUGUUCUAACCGAAGACGGUGACGUUUUCUCAUGGGGUUGGGGCGAACACGGCAACUGUGGACCUGAUGUUGGGAACAACGAUGUCAAAGGCAGAUGGAAUGUGAUCGCAUCGUCCAAGUUCAUCCCUAGAGGUUCACAGAUUGCCAAGAUUGGUGCUGGUUGCGCGACCAGUUGGGUAUGUGUCGAGCGUGAGUGA